AUGUGGCACAACUACAUAGACCUGGAUGUAUGUGCCUUGUCUGACCAUCGCGAUCAACGAGAACCUCGAGCAAGUGGCUCACUGCCGAAAGCUGAAAGAGAUCGGGGUGCUCACAAGAAGUUGGAUCAAGACCAUCUUCUCAGUAGAUCUGUAAGUUGCGGCCCUGGUCUCCUGCUCGGUCAACGGAAGAAGCCAAGUCAGAUAUCCUUGGACCAGACCGACAUGUCGAGCCCAUCAGAUCAGUCCCUCUACACGGCUUCUACUAGAGCGGGUAGCACGUCGACUGCAUCAACACAGACGCUAGUUGAGGCAGAGAAGAGGUCGUCCAUCAGUCGAGCAAUGGACAAGAUACGGUCGAAAGUGACAGGGUCUGAACGACUAUCAAGCGAUAUUUCUGAAUCGGAGAAAGCCAAGGCAAAGGAAAUUGAGAAGCAGAAAAGGAAGGAAGAUAUGGCCUUCCUGGGGCCGGUGACACCGCUGGCGUUGAGGAAGUCUGCCAGACCCGAGUCGCCCGGAUGGCGCAAAGCUGUAGCUGUCUUGUUAUUAUCCUCAGAUGAAGCGUCCAAACGUCAGCAGUUUGCUGUGAAGGAAUGCAGGCGACUUGAAAGGUCUGAAUGUCCCAAGGCUUCCAAGGGUAGCAAUGAGCUGUCAGGUCCCGGAUGCAGCCCAUUCGCCGCGUUUCUGGAGUUGUCAAGGUGCAGAUCAGCUGCUUCCCUGAUGAGUCUGACGAGGGACUGGUUCGUGGUAUGCACGGACAGGGUGAGCACUGCAGGCGGAUUGACCAUGGAAUGGAGCGGCCUGAGCCUUGAAUACCUCGCGCUCAAUUAUCCAUAA